AUGCUCGCCCUUCCAUCCUAUUUCAUAUCGAAAACUUACGAGUAUCGACCAUUCGCGCACCGCACUGAGAGUGACGUGAAGUGGGAUAUCGAUGGUAGGCAGCACAGUCCGGAACAAGCUGAACUCAGUCUCGACCGACUAAGACGUGAAAAGGAGUUGCUGGAAACGAAGAUGUCGCAGCUGCGCCGUGAGCGUGAGCUGGAGGAGAAUCGCUACAAAGAUAUUCAUGAAGCUAUCAGACUUGUCGGAGAAACAGCCUCGCAAGUGCCAUCUGUCACCGAUGAACGAUUGCUGAAGUCGGCGGUGGUGAACGAAGAGUUGCUGCAACACAAAAUUGAAAAAGAUUUCCAGAAUUACGUGGCCAAUUUGAAGAAAACCGAAGACGCGGAAUUAAGCAAAGUACGCACCCUACUUUUUAUCAGUUCAUCAAAAAGAUAA